AUGGGCUCUGUUCAGCCAGCAAAGGGGGGUGUCGAUGUCUCGAUCGCUCUGGCUCCCUGCAACAUAGACGUCGUUCCGAAGCUGAUAGAAGAAAUUUCGCGGCGGACUGCCUCGGCAACUUCUGGGGAUGAGGCCGCUCGCCUGGAGCUGGCUGAGAAGGCCCGAUCGCUUGUCAGGGCCCUUGAGACACCGCGAGAGACGAUGAUCAAGCAUUGCUGGGCUCAGCCUACGGUCUUCACAGCUAUAACGUUCGGGGUCGAUAUCGGCCUCUUCAAGUUGCUGGCAGAAAGUGACGACGUGCACAACGCCUACGACCUGGCAGAAACGCUCGGUGUCGAUCCCCCUCUCCUCUGCCGACUCCUACGCCAUCUCGGCACGAUGGGAUACCUCACGGAAGUAGGUCCCGACCAGUAUCUGGCUACCAAUUUUGCAAAGUCUCUCAGCAUCCCCAUCAUCAGCGACGGAUACCCCUGCAUUGGUGGCGGGCUGUCCCAGUGCAUCUUCCGUUUCAACGAGUUCGCAAAGCACAACGGCUACAAGACGCCCACAGACGUGUCUAAAGGCGCGCUGCAGUACGCCUACGCCACAGAGAAUAACUUUUUUGAGCAUCUACAUAGCCAUCCGCCCUACGGCAUACAGUUCAACAACCACAUGGGUGGCUACCGUCAAGGCCGUCCUUCAUGGAUGGAUGACGGCUUCUAUCCGGUCAAGGAGCGUCUUGUAGACGGAGCUGACACCAGUCCCGAGGCCGCGUUUAUCGUGGAUAUUGGUGGGAGCCUGGGCCACGACAUUCGGGAACUACACCGCAAGAAUGGCAGCCUUCCUGGACGUCUUAUUCUCCAAGAUCUGCCUGUUGUGAUUGGUCAGAUUACGGAUUUGGAUUCCCGGAUUGAGAGGAUGGAGCACGACUUUCACCUGGAGCAGCCCGUGAAAGGUGCCCGUGCUUAUUACAUGCACUCGGUCCUGCACGACUGGCCUGAUGAGGUUUGCGGGAAGAUCCUGGGUCGCAUCAAGGAGGCGAUGAAGCCGGGCUACAGCCGGCUCCUAGUCAAUGAGAAUGUGAUACCGCCUGUGAAGGCGUCAUGGGAGGCGACAGCACUUGAUAUCAUGAUGCUGACACUUUUGAGCUCGCGCGAGCGGACGGAGGCUGAUUGGCACCACGUUCUCGAAGAUAUUGGUGGGCUGAAAAUCACCAAGAUUUGGACGGCAGCCAAUGGAGUGGAGAGCAUCAUCGAAUGCGAGCGGCCGAGUGCAUAG